AACAAUAAUUAACUAAGCAACCAAAUAGUUCUCUUAUAUUUCUGUAACAAAAACAGUGUUUACUUCUUUUUAACCUUUUUAACUAUGGAGGCUCAACAGCACCGUCCACAGGGUCAUGCUUAUGAAGAAGUGCUGGUUGACAAAGUUGGAUUAACAACAGCGUUGGAUGAUGACCCAAAUGCACCAAAAGAUGAGAAGGCAUCUUCUAAUUAUCAGAGCAAAGUCACUGACCCAUCAGGCGUCAAUAACGAGGAGGCGGGAACUACUCCACUAGUUCAAUCAUUCGAGAAAAUGAAUGUAAACGAAGAAACAAAACCAGAGAAAGGAGCAGGGGAAGUCCAAGAGGGAAAGAUGAGUACUAAAUCAACUGAUAGAGGAGUGUCAAAAAUGAAGGAAUACAUAGCGGAGAAAUUCAAGCCCCGAGAUGAAGAUAAGGCACUCUCCGAGGUUAUUUCAGGCACACUUUCAGGACAGAAAGAUAAAACUGUGGGAAGUACUGCAGAAACAGGAAAGGCACUUUCUGAUGUGAUUUCAGGAAAACUUUCACAACAAAAAGAUAAAACUGGGGGAACUGAAGAAAAAGGGACGGUGAAGAAACCGGAGGAAGUCGCGACGACACAAGCAGGACCUGCUACGGCAACACAUGGUGAAGGUGCAGGAAAGGGUAUGAUGGAUAGGGUCAAAGGUGUUGCUGCUAGUUUGUGGCUUCGCAAAGGUGGUGGAAAAGAAGCAGCACAGCAGACUCCUAGUACCCCAGAUGGUACUUAAUUAGUACUAGUAAAUGCUUUUAUAUGUUUCAUCAAAAGCUAUUGUAUAUGUUGGCUGCCUCGUUUCUUUUGUUAGGUGUUCUGCUAAGUUUGAGCAAAACGUGUGUGAAUAGAUAAUGGAGCUUCAUGUUUGUUCUAAGACUGAAUGGGAUCAAUUAUGUGUA